GCCAACGCUCAUCGAUGUCCAGUUUGUUUUCCGCUCUUUGGUUCGAUGUGCGGAUUCAAAUCACGCUUCAUGUUCUUAUCAGGAUGUUUCAUGCAGCAACGUGUUGCUCGGAUUGACCUUUGCUCAGAGGAAAUGAAGGUACUUUUGUUUGUCUGCCGUUACCGUUCCUCCGCGAGGACACAGCAGGGCAGAGCGUUUGGCUGAGCGGCGCUGAGAGAAGCAGAGCGUGGAGAAGAACAGUUUACCAAACUCCGAACGAAAAGUGCCACCUUGGUCUAGGCUAAGUUAAAGAGCAUCAAGCACCUGCAGGGCCCCAUCAGUGGCCCCCAUUACUGCAGUAUGGGUAACUUUUCCAGCAAGGAAGGCCAUGGACCCACAGGGGCCCAUGGAGAUAGUUUCCACACUCCUCCGGCAACUCCACUGAGUGAUGCUCCAGAUUUCAUCCCUGGUGCCCCCCAACUUCUCCCUAUCUCGCCUCAACCUUCCCCUGCAGCCCCGGUUUCAUCUCCACCCCCAGUCCCAGUCCUCACACCCAGUGGGAAGAAAGCACCAUCCUCAGGACCCCCUCCUGAUUGGAAGCCUCAUCCACCAGUUGACUCUAACAGCUCCACCAUUGGCCCUGGACUUAGCCCGCUGCACAACAAGUCAGGAAGUACUUUGGGUAGAGGACAAGCUGCUUUGGGCAGGAAUGGGGGUCCUCCUACCUUAACCCCUCGGCCUCCGGUCUCCCAAGGGAACACUGUGGCCAUCAGCCCUUUAAAGAGCACCUCCUCUCUGUGUAGUUCCUCACCUGUGGGGGGCAUCUCCUCUAACAGGAGGGAAAGAGACAGUGGUCUGAGUCAGUCUUUACUGCCCGCUCAGGAACCUGUGGACAGCCAGGGUGAGGAGCUGGAGAAGCUGCUGAAGGAGUGUAGGACCACACUGGGUAUCACUGCCAGUCAGGAGGGGGCCACGAACACAGCAGGGAUACUGAAGCAUCUACUGACAGAAGUGAAGAGUUUGAAGGGUACUUUACAGACGGAGCGUGGGGAAUGGCUGCAGUUCCAGGCAGACCUACAGGUGGCGGUGUCAGUGGCAGACCGCCUGAGAGCCGAGGCAGAGGAAGAGCUGGCCGCGCUCCGAAUGUCGCACAAAGAUGUGGAGAGAGAGCUGAAUGCUUCCCAGCAGAGACAAAAGGAGGCUGAUAUGCAACUAGUCACCCUGAGAGGGGAGUUAAAGGAAAGCCAGCAGAGACUGGCCACUCUCACCCGGGCUCCAUGUCAGGAAGCAGAGAGGCCCAAUGGACAACCAACCAACAGCUGUGAAAGCAAAGAAGGGACCCAGAGAGGCAGGGAGAGGGGGGCAGUCAGGUCAGGGUUGGAGACUAGGAGUGAAAAUGAGUUGACGAAGAAUACGGUGAGCGAGGAGGCCAGGACAGACUGUAAAGGUGUGACUCAGCGUUACCUGAGAAAUGUGACCAAUGAGGACAGGAGCGGUGAGGAGGUGCGAACCAAUGAGACACGAAGGACGGUCACUACAGAGAGGUCAAGAAGCCUAUCCAGAUUACCUGCCCCCUCAGUCUCCCCCACUGGGCAGAAUGGAACCCUUCUGCCCAAUACUGCCUCAACGCUUGGACCUUCAAACAAGAACUCGGUGCAACCCAAAGGCAGAAGAAGUCUGGAUUGGCAAGACAGCAGGUCAAGCUCAGACACAGGAAGACGUGAGGAGUCUCUGAACAAAUACAACUCUGCCCUCACUGAGAUUCCUCCCACCAACGCCAUGUCUCUUGUUGUUGUCAGAUCCCAGGAUGGUUUCAACAUGCUGCUGCGUCGCCAUGGCGGCUCGAAGAGAAACUCUCUGCUCCGCUGGUGUCAGAGCCGGACACAAGGCUACAAGAAUAUCGACAUCACCAACUUCAGCAGCAGCUGGGCCGACGGUCUGGCCUUCUGUGCCGUGUACCACACCUACCUCCCCUCACACGUCCCUUACACCACCCUGACUCCAGAGAACAAGAAGGAGAAUCUCAGUAUGGCUUUCAAAACAGGAGAGACUGUUGGGAUUGCACCAACCCUGACGGUAGAGGAGAUGCUGAGAGGAGGCGGUCCUGACUGGCAAAGGGUCCUGAGCUACGUGGAGAGCAUCUACCGUCACUUUGAGAUGUGACCCUUCGGAGGUACUGACAGACAACUCUAACACAGCGGAUCCUUAAGAAAUCUUAAGAAGAAAUACAAUAAUUGGUUCACAACGAUGGCCCCCCCUGAAAGUAUAACUUUUGUUGUGUGUUUCUGAAAGACUUUUGUUAACAAAAAAAGAUAUUCAAAUCUACAAUUUGCAUCAAAAUGCCUGAUUAAAACCUAAUGUCACAACAUACUGUAGAACAUAUUUGGAAAGUCUUAAUUUGCUGUUGUGGUAACAGUUCCUUAUGCUUGUUUUUUUGUUAAACGCUUGUCCCAUGGAUGUGGCGAGUAAUAUGUUGUCAUUGGUUCUUGCGACAACUUAUAUAUCAAGCAGCUGACAUGUCACAUACAUCAGUAUGAAGCCUCAAGAGAUCAGAUACAGUAAAUAUAGAUGGCUAACUGAGAAAGAGGUGGUAGACUGAAAAAACACUUAUGUAUUACUAUGGGCCUCACACAGCAACACUCUCUUGAAUCGAUUUUUUAAUAUUAAGAGAAAAAUAUUCUUAGCCAUCCAAAUCAGCUCUUACUCAGGUGUGCUGAACGAUUAUUCUUAAUUAAUCAUAAAUUGUAGGAGUGAGGCUGAUUGUUUAUCACUAAUGUCCCCAUGGCACUAUGUAAUAGCAGGUGUUGAGUCCUGUGCAAUGAAUUGGAGAGAUGCCACUAAUAGAGCUGUAAGAAGAAAGUAAGCAGUGGUGAAAUUGAAGAACUAAUAAUACUAUCAUUAUAAUUACUGAAAAAUCUAAUAAUCUUAAUUUGAUAAUUAGAUACUCAUAUGUUUUUUAUGUUUCUCAAACUUAAAACUUAUAUUUCCUAACAAUUUGUGAACUGGGAGGCCAAGAUAUUUUCAUAAAUGCAUUUUGUCUUGCGUAAGAUAAGAGCAAUAAAAAAACGAAUCCAGAGGACAAAGCAAGAGUAAAUGUUUUCUUGUUUCACGUCCUAAUAAGGUUACAUUUCGUAGUCUUUAAAGUAAAUCAUUGACCACCAUAGGACAUGACGAAGAUCUAGGUCUUAUAUACUGCAUGAUGAGGAAGGUAUUUGUACACAGUACAGUUGCUGUCAAUGUCUCCACACUGGUACCAAAAGUACUGUAUCGCAUCAUGUACCUUCAUCAAAUCUGGAAGCAGUCUUUAAACUGCACAUUUUGUAUCUGCCAAUGUUUAUUUUGCCUUUUUGUGUCUGUGAUGCUCUGCCAAGAUUCUUCUUUUAUUCUGGUUCUUAAGCACUCUGUAAAUAUGCACUUUUGUCAGCACCUUGUUGGUAUUUGAAUGUAAUAAUGUACACUACAGAUGUUACAUAACUGCAUUACAGGUUCUAAAUAGAGCAAAAGCAAAUACAAGCCUACACAGGCUUACGCAUUGGGUUGCAACGUCACCUCACGUUACACCUGAAGCCUCAGGGAUGCACAAAUGCACCCUCGUACUACACCAGGGCUGAGAAACUGAAUAUCUGGUGCUGUUUUGACAAGUUUAAAGCUGAGUUGUUUUUGCCAAAGUCAUACGUGUCUAAAAUAUUGGAAAGAAAACUCCUUUUGUUGUGGAAAUGGAGCAUUGUAAAACAUGUUUAUAUGUAACUAGUGUGAAGAAUUACACCAAAGAAUAAAAAUGUUAAUAUGAAGCAC